AUGUUUGGAAAGUCUGUUGAGCAGAGAUUUGAAGAGAUUGAAGUUGAAGAGGUUAGAGCUAAACGUCAAGCUGAAAUUGAUGCUGAAAUGAAGUUUAAAGGAAAGGGUGUUGAAGGUGUUAGUGAAAUUGCUGAAAGAUCAAUUAUUCCAUCUUCUAUUUCUGAAUCACCUAUUCAGAAUCCUCGUCCAAUAUCUGUUGUUUCCGGUAUUUUUGAAGAGGAUGUAUUGAUUGAUGAUGUUAUUAAUGAUGAGGAAGUUGUUGAUGAGGAUGAUGACGAAGAGGAUGAUGAUGAAGAUAAAGUUGAUGAUGCAGAUGAUGUAUUCUCUGCAAGUAGUCACAGUGAUGAUGAUGAUGAUGAUGAUGACAAUGGUCAGGGUGGUACUGGUGUUAAAGUUACUGAAGCAUCGAGUGAACAAAAUGUUAAUGAUUUUCUUCACGAUGAUGCAAAUGAAGAGCCUGAAAGUGCAGAAGGUGAGGGGGAGCACGUGGAUGAUCAAAAUGUUGAUAAAGUUGAAAAGUUGAUCCUUCGUUUAGAGCCUGAGGUAGAGGAAGGAGAAAUCAGGCAUACAUACACAAUGGCUGAGAUUAUAGAGUUGACAAGGAUUGAUGAUCCUAACUUCAAGUUUGACUUUGAAGAUGAAUUGAAUGCGUUUGAUAUCAACCAACAGCCUGAAUAUGAGUACAAGUAUGUUGAUGAAGCCGAUAACUAUGAUAGGGUUGAGGUUGAGGAUUGUACUGAUGACGAAAGUGUGAAUGAAGACACUUCAAACUUUCCAACUCUGGUUGAAUUUUUCAGUCAAAAGAACGUCGAUGAGUUGAGAAGAAAAUUUUCUGAAUGUCUGAAAGACACGAACUUUGAUGGUACAGUGAAAGAUGCUCAGAAGGAAGAAAGAAAGAAAUGGUUUCGAAAGUGUAAUGAACGAAAGUUUAAGCGGCCAUUGAAGUAUUAUAAAAGAGAUAGAGAUGUGUCACUGGGGGAUAUCAUCAGUUGGGGAUUCUUGCCUCAAGUGAAUGUGUAUGCUAUUCGGAGAGAAUUUGGAGUGCAAUACUUUGAGUACAUUCAGGAUAUUAUGACCUUACCAUGGUGGGAUGUCGAAGAGUUGUCAAAGGUUAGAACUCUAGAUUAUCCAGUUCGAAAGCAUGAUGUACCCAUCUGGGGUUUAAUGAAGUUUGAAGCUUUCAGAGGUUUCAAACACUGGAAACCUCAUUAUCCAAAGAAAGUGAGGAGAGUGAAUCCUGAAACUGGAAAUGAAGAAACGAUCUUGCAUGUGAAGAAGCCUAGAGUUAUAAAGAACAUUCCAGUACCAAAGAUGGAGCAAGACUUUCAUAAGGGGUUCUUGUACUGGGUAUACAGCUGUUUGUUGACUGAAGCUGUGAUCACCUACAGAGCUGAGAAUGAAAUCAGACACAUCUUUGUGUAUGAUCCUUUAUGGUUGGUGAAUUGCUCGGCGAAAGACAUUGAAUGCUUGUUUGUUAACAAAAUUGGGUUUAAAGUCGAAGAUAAAGAUCAAGCCAUGCAAUUUCAGAAAGUUGUUUCUAUCUGUUUCCAAAAAGGUAUCAAUGCUGAUAGUAAAUGGACGUCUAAGUGGAGAGAGAUUGAGAAAGAGGAAGCGUUGAAAGCUGAGAAGAGAAGAAAGGCCCGUGAAGAAAUAGAUAACAUGUUAAGACAUACUGUUAAUCAAAGAAUGGCUGCUGAAGAAAAGAAAAGAGUUGUCACACCCCGACCGCGCACAGAUGUUACAAGAGUUGAAGAGAACGAGAAGCUUAGGAAGAUGUUGCUGCGAAAGCCUAAGCAAAGGGAAGAGAAAUUCAAGUCGCUGUGA